AUGCUGUGGCUGUCGCAUACGCACGCUGCGUCGGCGAGCGUCGCGGCCGUGCGGCUCGACCACUGGCUGCCAGAUGGGCCGUGCCUAUGCGUCGCUCAGCACGCGAGCCUUGCGUUUUACGCCUUGUCCGAAGGGCGCGCGAGCCGCGACACGAGCUACAUAAACCGGCCGCUGGCCUGUGUCCAGCGUGUGCCGCUGCGUGCGCGCAUCAUUGCGAUCGAUGUCGUGCGCUCUUUGUCGAAGGACGAAUCCGACCGUAUUCUGAUCCUCACGGACCACCCUGUGCCCCGACUGCUGGUCCUGCGCCGAGGAGCGACAGAAGCCGACGAUGCACGCCCGAAUCCAUGGGCCGACAUCUCGACCGAGGCCUCGCUCGUGCUGCAGGAUGCGGUGCGCUCGCCUGCCGAGCUUGGUCUGGGCCUUUGCACGGAGCCGGCGCUGGAUCUGCGCCUCGCAUCAGGUAGCCGCCCAGGACGCUGGGCAGCGACACACACACACACUGGGCAGAUGCGUAUGAUUCCGAUCGAAGAGAGCGUGCCGCCAGUGCACACCGAGCUGGCAUUCAAUGCUCGCACCUUUCUUGCUCCGCGCGACGCCGAUGCGCAGGCCGUCGUGGCCCUCUUGGGCAUCUCGAGCAAGCCGUCGCGCAUCGCCGGUUUCGGCGAGCAGUGCAUGCCUGUGCUCUCGUUCCACACACCGAACCCAGAGAUGCAGCAGCUGGAUCCCGUACCGUGGGGUGCGCCACGCACCGCGCCGCGCCCUGCAGAAGAGCCGAAGGAGGAAGCGCCCGCCCAGCGCCGUGGCCGCGAAAAGCGCCCGGCUGCCAGCGGGCGGAAACUCGAUGCUGCAGCGCUGGACCGCCGUGAGCGUGAGUGGCUCCAAGACCCGGUUGUGCAUGCCCACGUCCCCCUGCCUCAGGAAGACGCCUACGGCGCCCACCUCCUCUGUGCUGUGCCCGCGUUCGCAGGCGGUGGCGUGCUCGUAUUUUGCGAAAAGAGCAUCGUGUACGUCCCCCCACCCGCAGCGCCCCGCCGCUCUGCCAAAGCGAGCCGGAGCACGAAAGAAAAGCGGCGCAUGAGCGCCGGCACCGACAUUGCUUCUGGCGCACCGAGCGUGUCGCGCGCUACGCAAAAGCGCCGAAAAGUGCCAGAAAGCGACACGGAUACAUGCGUCGGCACAGUCGCGAUGCAGAUGCCCAAGCUUGUGCAGGUGCGCGCCGCCAAGUCUCUCUCGGUAUGCGCCGCGACCGUCGUCGAUGACGAGGACGAGCAAGGCACACUUCGUGUGCUGUUUAGCACGUCGGACGGACACAUUUACACGCUAUCUCUCUAUUCACCUGGCGCACAAGGGCCGUGGGAGCCAACGUCGAUCAAGAUUGCGCGCGUCGGCGCCUCGUCCGUGCCGGCUGGUCCGCAAGGGCUGACGUACCUUGGCGAAGGCUUUGUGCAAAUUAGCAGCGCGACCGGUGAUGCAGUGCUGUUGCGCCUCGCUGGAGACGGCGUGACAGAGGCACACCGCUGGCCGAACCUCGGGCCUGUCGUGGACUUUGCUAUGGACCAUGGCGAAAGCGACCAGCUUGACCCUGUGCACCGCCGCGUGAUUACGUGCAGCGGUGCAGGGCCAACAUCGAGCCUGCGCAUCUUUUGGAACGGUGUCGCGACGUCGGAGCUCACGCACCUCGCCGUGCCGCAGUGCCUGCGUGUCUCUGCGAUCGAUGCUGUUGGAAGCGAUGUGCGCGAGACAAAGCUGCUUGCACUCCUCUUUGCGACACAUACCAAGGUGGUCCAGUGUCACGGCCUCGUCGAUACCUCGUCCACACUUGCCGAGCGAGGCGUCGCCCUCGACGAGCGUGCACUGCAUGUUUGCACGCUUGCGUCGAGCGGCGGCGUGGCUUUUGUGCUAAUUACGGCGCAUGCUGUCUAUGCCGUGUAUGCGGACCGUGUCGUGCACUGGCCCUCGGAGCACGAAAUUGUGGCUGCAGACGCGAACGAGCAGGGCAGUGUGCUUCUGGGGCUCGAAGGUGGCCGCCUCGUUCACCUUGGCAUCCGCGAAAAAGGCAUCUGUGUCGAACGCUCUACGACGGUUGACUCCGAGAUCGCGUCGGUGUGCCUACCCGGCCCGUGCAGCGAGCCGGUGUGCGUCGUGGGCCUGUGGGAGCCGACCUCGUUUGCGCUCUGCACCUUCCCCGAGCUGGAGCCGGUUGCGAUAAGCAAGAGCGACCAAACCUGCAGCGCGCUUCCGAUUGCUCUCCUCGUCUAUGCGCAGACAAAUGACACGCCUACCUAUAUUCUUGCCGCACUGAGCUCGGGCGACGUGCUCGUACACACGCUGACUCGCUCGGAGCACCGCACAGCAGUGCGGCUCGUGCAUACCCUGUCACUGGGCGGACGCCCUGCUGAGCUUGUUCCUUUUACCGCGGCGCCGCAGGCCAUGGGCGGCAUUUCCGGCGGGAUUGUCGCCCUGGGUCAGCGCUCCUACAUCCUCUUUCCCGAAGGCGACCGGCUGCGGUACAGCGCACUGCGGUAUACGGACCUACGCAGUGCCGCGCCGCUCAGGCUUGCUUCGGACGCACGCCCCGUGCUGGCCUGCGUCGCCGCGGAAGGCGUGCGUGUCCUGUCGCUGGAUAAUCUGCACGAAAACGAUAUCCGAACGACCUCGUUGGAUGGCGCACAUGCGACGGCCAUUGCCGAGUAUGCGCCGGCGAAAGCGUAUGCCGUCACGGCCUUUGCUGAAGAGAGCGGUGCCGAAGGCUCCGUGCGGUUGGUCAGCCGUACGGACCUGACCACGCUUGGCUCCUACACGCUGCUUAGGAACGAGCGCCCCAACUGUGUUGCAUCAGUGACCCUCGAUGGCACGCCCUACAUUGUCGUCGGCACGGGCUUCCAGCGCGAGGACCAACUCGACACGGUGUCAGGCCGCCUGAUGGGCUACCGGUGGGACGGUGAGCUGCAGGUCGUCUUUGCGCUUGAUGUGCCGGGCAACGUGUACGGCGUCGCAGGCGUCGCAGGCAUGCUGGUGGCCGCCGUAAACGCGCAGGUCAACACGUAUGUCCUGGGCGACAAAUCCCAAAAGCUGCGUGCGCUCGACGUGGUGUCGCGCUGGGGCUGCUCGUUCAUUGCCAGCUGCCUUGCAUGCAGCACGGAGGAUGAGCACACUGUCGUGAUUGGCGACGCAAUGCGCUCGCUCACAGUGCUGUGGAUCGGCGACGACGGCGAGAUCACCGAGCUUGGACGCGAUCUUGAUCCCUACUGGACCACGGCCGUGGCACAGUACGAUGCGGCACACCAGCAGUACCUCGGCUCCGACAUUGCGAUGAAUAUGUUUGUCGCUGGGCGUAUACCGACCAAGGCGCAAGGGCAGUUCGGCCACGCGAUGCGCCGCGUCUCGUGCUUCCACUAUGGCGACAUGGUCAACAAGCUCGUCCAGUCGCCUCUUGAGCUCGGGCGCCGCACGCACUUUUGUACGGCGGCCGGCGCACUUGGCGUCGUGUGCGAGGUCGAAGAAGAGGCCAGUGCGCUCUUGGAUGCAGUGCAGCAGGCCAUGGCGCAAGAGACAAUUGUUCCUGGCGACAUUCCCUGGGACGAGUGGCGCACAUUGCGCACGGACCACCGCAUCGCAGCGCCGACGCAGUUCCUGGACGGUGAGCUCCUUGCGCUGUUCCUAGAGUGCACGCUGCGCCAGCGCAGCCGGGUUGUCGCGGUAGCAAGCCACAUCGCACGGCGCAAGCACGGUAGCUCCGCGCCGUCGAUCACGGUCGACAGCGUGCUGCGUGCGCUGGAUCGGCUCUCGGUGCAUACGUAG